AACAGAAUUUACGGGGUCCAAAUGACGGGAGGUGUUUGGGGUCUUGUCACUACGCUGAUGCAUAUUGCAACUUGAAGUUGUGUCACUUGUCAAAGGUCCACCUACCAUGAAAGUCUUGACCGCACUUUCCAUUCAUAUUCUUUUCGUGUCGCUCGUCUCAGCACACGGCGGCCAUGAAGACCCAGAAGAGAGCGCAAAACUUGCCAAUGCAGGCUACGCCGUUCGACACAUGGCUUCAGAACACCAUAUUGAUUCCUUCGACCUGGAGAGUUUCUUCCAACUUCAUGAUUUGAACAGAGAUGGUGUAUGGGACCGGGAAGAAAUUGAAGCGAUAUACGGCGUCCAUCAUGUGUACUCGCAGAAAAAGUCGAAGGACGACAUUGAACAUCAGAAGAAGGCCGAUCACGUUGCCGAUACUGUACUCAAGCUCUUGGACAAAGACGGAGACGGAAAGGUCACGCCAGAGGAGUUUUCUGCUGUUGGGACAAAUGGCCUUCCCAAUUUUGACGAUAUAGGCGCAGAGGGACAUCAUUACGACGUAGAAAGCGAAUUUUUCUUACACCACGAAGAACAACAUCACUCGACACCUGAGACGCAAACCGACGAAUCAUAUACCCACCCCGAAGACGUUGAACACUUUGCCCAGCACGAAGCCAUCGAACUUCAAGAAGUAGAGCGAGAGGCAAAAUUCCAAGGGAUCACAGUUGAGGAAGCUCUCCGUGCACAUGACGAACCCCCCACACGCCCUGCUGACAGCACGCCGAAGCCUAAAAUCACUCGUGGUGUCCCGCCAGAGAAGCAAGAUCCGGUGGUCAAGUACAAAGAUAUCGGCAAGGAGCGUAACAGCCAGUCAGAUUGGGGGACCGGAGAACAAGGAUACAAGCAACCUAACACACCGGUAGAGAAAAUGAGGAAGAACCUCCCAUACAAGUAUAAAUUCCGACGGAAUUGGGGAGACUUCUGACGAGACAUCUACUUAUAUUCGUUCACUGCUCUCAUUAGGAUUCGCUCGCAUCUAUAGAUAUCCAUA